AUGUCAUCGCGGCGAAAGGUACUUCUUAUGGGCAAAAGCGGCUCCGGCAAGACCUCGAUGAGGUCGAUCAUCUUCGCCAAUUACAUCGCUCGCGACUGCUCCCGUCUAGGUCCGACCAUCGAGGUCGAACACGCUCACGUUAGGUACAGUAAUAUCGGUUAUAUCUCCAGUUCUAUUCUUAGAAAUUGUUCUUUGAUGCAUAAAAACAUAAUAUCACGCCUAAAACAAUGAAAAAAAAAAUGUUUAAAGACGACUAGAUCGACAGUCAAAUGUGAAAAAAAUAUAACUAUUUUUAUUUUAUUCGUUACUACUCAUUUAUCGCCAAAUAACUUUGAAAACGUCGAAGAAAAAAAAGGAAGUUCCUUUCCUUCUUUGAACCGCCCAAAGUUUGAACUGCUCUGUUUUCACGGUUCAUCUUUGCAAUCGAGGCAACAACUCGCACAAAUUAAGGUUCCUUGGCAACCUCGUUCUUCAUUUGUGGGACUGCGGUGGGCAGGAAUCUUUCAUGGAGAACUUUCUUGUUUCUCAAAAAGACCAGAUAUUCAAAAACGUCCAGGUUUCUCUGGCAAAUGCGCCUUUGCUAUCUUCUGUCAUUUAGGUCCUCAUAUACGUUUUCGACGUGGAAAGCAGAGAAUUCGAGAAAGAUCUUCGGUACUACCAGUCCUGUUUGGAAGCUUUGCUGCAAAACUCGCCAAAAGCACAGGUGUCGAAGAUUUUCUUCAAGUUUCACAUCAACUAUCUUCAGGUUUUCUGUUUGAUCCACAAGAUGGACCUCAUCGAAGAAGAUCACCGUGAAGAGGUUUUUUCUCAUUUUCCCUCGAAUCUUAUCGAGUUUCCCAUUUCUGAUAGAAAUGAGAGUUUUUUCGCAUAAAAAAUUCAAACCUAACACUUGAACGGCCUGCCUUGUAAGAGGUUGGCACAGGAAUAGGUUUUAGAAAACAAAAAGUGAAAUAGAGAAAGAUUGGUAUACGAAUAGAGAAUCAAAGGUACAGUUUCGUCAAGAAAGAUUCCGGUUUGCAGAAAAAGCAGCUCUAAGAAGUUUCGAAAGAUUAAAUUACUUACAAGAAAUUCUGAAAAAAAAUAGUCUAAAAAAAUAUUUGUAAAAAAAGUCUAAAAAAAUAUUUGUUCAAACGAAACUGUACAUAGUUUCAGUUCAAAAUAUCAUUUUUGCAUUUAACUUGCUAAGUAACAGGGCAUACUUGAACGGAAUCUGAAGCGUCUUGGUUAAUUAAAUGAUUGAAGUACUUGACUAAAUUUUUGAUAAAGUAGUUUUAACAAAGCAAAAUUUGCCACUGUUUUGCGCAGAUUUGACGGCAAUUUUCAGACGUUCAAAAAGCGCGAAGCCGACGUUCUGCGGUACAGCGAAUUGGCGGCGCGUCCUCACCAAGUUGAGCGGGAAAACGCGGUCUGUCAGUGCUUCAAGAGCAGCAUUUGGGACGAGACCCUCUACAAGGCAUUUUCGUCUCUCUUUUCAUUUCCACAAAUCUUCUUCUAGGCUUGGUCGACAAUUGUGUACAAAUUGGUGCCUAAUGUGGGCAUAAUGGAGGAGAAACUAAAGAAAUUCGCCGCCAUUCUCGACGCCGACGAGGUGAGAUUUACUUUAAGAACGUAUUGCUUAUCGGGAAUCUGUCACAUAAGAAAACGUUCCAUCAAUUUAUUCCAGUGAAGGCGUAGAGAAAUGGCAAAAAGCCACGUCAGGAGCGUAGAAAGUUUUUUGAGGCCAAAUGAUCUGUCUUUUAGUUUAUUAGAGACUUUUUUGUGCUGUAGUUCAUUACUGAAACAGUAAGGAUGAAACAACUUGUACAAAACGAAUGAUUUCAUACAUUGAUUGAGUUAAAAGGAAAAUUUUUUCGGAGUUUCGUGGAGAUUAAGUGUUACAGUUUCACAUUUUUCAACUUGGAAAUCUUUGCUAUCAUUCGGUUUCAGAUAAUUCUUUUCGAAAGAGCUACCUUUCUGGUAAUUGCCCACGCGGAAACAAGAGAACACAAAGAUUCGCACCGUUUCGAGAAAGUUUCUAACAUUAUCAAGCAGUUCAAGUUGUCCUGCAGGUGUCACUUUGAGGUUUUUUCCAACUACUUAGGCUUAUAGCGAAAUGGGUUCGCAGCUUGAAUCGAUGCACGUGAAGAACAGCUCCUUCUCGGCGUUCAUCGACACCUUCACGGCCAACACUUUCAUUAUGGUGCGUUCGAGGAUUUUCGUUUCAUUCCUUCGGUAAUUGGAGCGUUCUGGUAAGGUGAAACUCUCGCAAAGGAACAGAAUCUCGAAUGUACUUCCGUUUCCAUUUUGAGCUUCAGGUGGUUUUGCGGGACGGCAAUGCGUCCGUCGCUGCCACUCAACUCAACAUUAAACUGGCCCGGCCGCAUUUCGAGAAAUUAGAGUAG